AUGGAUAUCUCAUUUUUCCAAGCAUACCCUUUUGAUCUCCCUUGCAGUAGAGCAUUUAAUGGGGAUGGAGAAAACAAUGCAGUGGAGUUCUCUAAUAAAAGAAUGAUGGUGAAGGUGAGUGAUGAAUCAAAGAAGAAGCAGAGAGGUUCUAGGGUUUGUAGUAGAGGACAUUGGAGAGUUUCUGAGGAUUCUCAGCUCGCGGAACUUGUUUCUGUUCACGGUCCUCAAAACUGGAACCACAUUGCAGAGAAGAUGCAAGGAAGAACAGGCAAGAGUUGCAGACUGAGGUGGUUUAACCAGUUAGACCCAAGGAUCAACAAGAGAGUUUUCAGUGUUGAAGAAGAAGAGAGGCUACUUGCAGCUCACGGAGCAUUUGGUAACAAAUGGGCUAUGAUUGCUAAGAUUUUCAAUGGAAGAACAGACAAUGCCUUAAAGAAUCAUUGGCAUGUCCUCAUGGCAAGAAAGUUGAGGCAGCAAUCAAGUUCUUACACCAGGAGAUUCAAUGGGUCUGCUCAUAAACCUAAUGCAGAUCACACAAGCUUCAAUAUCUCUCCGGGUUCUGUAGAUGAUGAGGAGGUGAAUAUGGAAAAGAACAGCUGGAAAAUUCUAAAAGAGGGAACAACUAACAUGAAAGCUCAGUAUCCCCAAGAAGAGUAUUGUUCUCCACGUAUGCCAAUGCAUGGCCACUACUCAACCUUCUCUGCAGAUUCCUUGGCACUGACACUGCAUGUCUCCAUCCAAGAACCAUCAUCAUCAUUGUCGUCAUUAUCUCUGCCAUCAUCAUCUGCAGAAUAUACAAUGGUGGCCACCAAACCUCCAGCAUUUAUAGAUUUUCUUGGGGUGGGCCACCAAAGCCUCAACAUCUAAAGGAAACAAAAAAAAAGAGUGGGAGCUAAUCAAGAACUUGGUUACUCCUAUCAUUGU